UUCUUUUUCUUACCUCCUCCUCAACACAUGAGUGAAGGAAGAAGAAGCUCGUCCUCUUCAUCUUCGUCGUCGUCGUCGUUUUCUUUGUUGGGUUUAAGUGAUGGAGGGCCCGGGUCUUUCGCCGCCGCACGUGGACGCGUCUCGGCCGUCCUUGGGGUUCCCUCUAGGCACCGCGCUCCUCCUCAUCAUCAUCUUCAGCUUGAGCGGCGUCUUCUCCUGCUGCUACCACUGGGAUAAGCUCAGAUCACUCCGGAGGUCCUUCUCCGAAGACUCCAAUCCCGAAGCCUCCGACGACAUCGAGGGCCGAUCUCUCUCCAAAUCUAAACCCGCCCAUCUGGACAUGAAGCAGAACCAAAAGCAAAGUGUGCCGGUGAUAAUGCCCGGCGAUCAGAUUCCAAAGUUUAUGGCAUUGCCGUGUCCUUGUGAGCCGCCGAGAGAAGAGAAGAUAGUUGUCAAAGUUCAAAAACCGGCCAAGCCUCCUCGCUUUCCUGUACCUCUGUAUUGAGCAAUUUUACCGUGUACAUAGUAAAUGUAACUAAAUAUCAAUUCAAUUAAAUUUUAACUCAAUUAAUCUAUAAAACAAAGAUUUUCAUUCUC